AGUCGCCAAGGACUGGUAUAGUUCAGGCUUUUGCACUGUGUAUUGUGAACAGCAACGCAUCAAUAAAUCCUGUUAAUACCGGCGAGGUAAAUCACACCUGCAGGCGAAACGGGAAUAAACUGCCUUUAAACCCAAACUGGAAAUGCGAAAUCAAUCAUCUAUAGAAAAGUGCGCGACCAACAGGGCGAAAUAAGGUCAAAACGGUCACACAACAGUGAUCGUGUAACCACGGGCGACGGGGAGCUCUGUUGCCGGUGUAUGUGUACGCGUACUCACAGGCUCCACACAGAAAGUUGAUCUGAAGUCAACAAAACUGCCAUCGUUUCGUUUCCGUGAACUCGGUGGUUUCUUAAAUCUAGGCAAGGCAAUUUUUUCAGGAUCUUAAUAUCAAGAUGAUUAGGGUAAUGGUCGUGGUAGCUCUACUCUCCCAAACACUUCUGACGAGUGGCGCACUCGUACCGAUGGUAAGACAACUCGACACAAAUUUGCCAAACAACCACUCAAAGGCCGCGUCCAAAUUGCCCACAACGCAGAGGGAUUUGAAACAGCAGUCUGGGAGAGCCGAGACUACGACUCGGGGAAGGACUGAAUCACCAACAUCACCACCAUCAACAUCCUCACCCUCGACAUUCCGCGAGGAUGCCCUGAGACUACACAACCACGCAAGGAGGAAGACCGAGCCGCCAGCGGCCAACAUGCCCUGGCUGAGAUGGAAUUCCGACCUAGCCUAUCUAGCCGAGCUGUGGUCCCGCCGUUGCGUGGUGGACUACGGCCUACCCCUCUCGCCCGCCCCGUUCACUUACAACGGUCGUAUCCUCCAAAAUGUCUGGUCAGGGCAGCACAGGAAUGGUGGCAUUGGUGGCACUGUCUCAUCUUGGCUGGCCGAAGGGCGGGAGUUUAAUUACGGCACGGGAGCAUGCUACCGUGCCGGCGGAUGCAGACAUUAUCUGACGAUGACAUCUGCCACGGUGCAUGAGGUUGGUUGUGGAUUCUCCAAAUGCCAUGACGAUAUCAUGAUCGUCUGUUACUAUGGCACCCGAAGCAGCUCACAAGGACCCGACUCACCCUUAUCACAUUAUGCUGCCGGUCCACCUUGCUCUAAAUGCGGGGCUGAUGAAUGGUGCGAUGAUGGACUUUGUAGGUCUCAAGUUAAGCAGUGGAAGAGUGAAUCUGCCGAUGACAAUUGCCAAUGUGACAAAAUGGAGGACGCAUCAUUAUCAUCAGAUUCAGAGCUUGAUGAUAGCGCCCUCACCCUUGGCUCAUAUACAGUAAUUCUGUAUCGUCAUCGAAGGCAGGCAGCAGCAAAUGGUUCAACCACGGCACCAAUCGACUGUGGAUACCUUGAUAUCCCGCUGUGGAUCUUCGUUGGUUUGCUGGCAUUCAUUGUCGUCCUGGGCCUAGUGAUUGGGAUUAUUGCGAUGUGCAUCUGCAUUUGCAAGGAUACCUGUAGAUCAUGCAUGAACGGGAUCGGAAGAUGCUGUAGAUGUCGUGGUAGUCAAAGUAGUGAUGAUGGAAGACGACGUAACGGGAGAAAAUGUACAAUUAGGUUUAUAUGGUGCAGAAGGUGCAGAAAGGUGAGGCCUACUGAAGAUAACGAUGCAGCCAACCCGGAUGAUGGUUCACAGACCGACUUGACCAGAGACGAUGAAGACACCCCUGAUGGACCCAUAGUGGAAGAACCUCCAACACAAGUUGAUGAUGCCUCUCCAAAUGCAGAGCAGAAGACGUAUCGGAAUAUUGGCACCAAUACGGACGAAGUUGAAUGCACAGCCACCAGCAUAGAGAAACGAGAGUUUCAUGACGUAAAAGUGCAGGUAAAGGCUGAGAGCCAGGACACAGGGGUCCAGGUGACACCUGAGACUGAAGACACAGGAAUGCAGGUUGAACUGGUGGAAGAUGACAAAGAGGUCAACCCAGAGGACGAUGAGAGAGAGGAACAGGAAAACUCAGAGGAUGAUGAUGGACAGGUACCGGAAGUCCCUUCACCAUCUUCACCAUCAUCAACAUCGUCAUCAUCCCCACCAUCAUCAAAAUCGUCUUCAUCAAAACCACGAUCAUCAUCAAAACACCCCUGGGGAAAGUGCUUAGAGAGGGGUUGCAAGACCUGCCGCUUACACACCAGAGACCAGAGAGAGGUGCAUAAAGAGAAGUUAGAAACACUCAGGAAAAUCAACGAAGCCAAUCGGAAUCCCAACCUGAAGCCUGGAGAUCGCAUCUUCUGAGGCAAGCAAACUGGUUAUCCAUGAUGCACAGCAACUGUAGAGGAUGCUAUGUGCCAGGGCAAGAGUGUUCUGGGGCCAAGUUCAAGAAACAGCAUAGCACAGCAUUGUGCUUAGCAUAGAAAAGUUCUGCUAAGUAAAAACCGGUUACCAGUCAAAAUGUCAUAAGUGGCAUUCCCAGGCAGACUUUGACUAAGCACAUAAAUUUGCUUGUGUGUGUGUGUGAAAUUGAAAUUGGGCACUGACCUGUUAGUGGGCACUUCGUACUGGUGACUGAUCUCUACCAGUGUUGUAGUCGAGUAAGUCCUUGCAAUUCAAGAAACUGCAAGUCCAUCACGAGUCUUUCAUUCUCUAGUCAAGUCACUAGCUAUUCAAAUGAACUGUUGGGGA